AUCACUAAACCACAGCUCAAUUCCGAUGGUGUUAUUAAAAAUAGCGAAACUAAAGUUUUUAUAAACCAAAAACUUUCUGAAAGAAAUUUCAAACCAAACGACUUGAUUUUUGAAGAGCAUUUCAUAUCACCAGAACUAUCCAAUUGGACUCGUGGAAAUUAUCUUCACUCAAAUGCAAUAGGUGAUCGAUCUGAGGACUUUACAGCUGUAAUGGAUGACAAUUCGUUUAUGACUGUAAGGAGUGAAACUUUGCUAAUAACACCGAUAAUAUCGAAGACGAAAAAUAAAGCAACCAUUAAACUCAACAAUUGUAAACAGCCUGUUUGCUAUGAAAACAAUACUUUUACUUGCGAAUAUGCAUAUGAUAAAAACAGGAAUUAUGUAUAUCCCCCACCAGUAAACACGGCGAGAAUCGACACAAAUGGUAAAUUCAGUUUUACAUAUGGACGUAUUGAAAUAUAUGCAACACUGCCCUACGGUGAUUGGCUAUUCCCCUAUAUGAUGCUUGUGCCCGACAAACUCAGUUGUAAGACGCGAAAACAACUCCGAAUAGCUUUUGCCACAUCAGUAGAUAUUGAAAAUAACCGAAUACGUGGUGGCCCAGUAAUAUUAAAUGCUCGACCUAAUGCAGAUAAAUUUUUUUUCGUUCGUACAAAUCAUAUGGCAACCGGAAUGGAUUUCAACGCAAAUGGCUAUCACAACUUUACACUAGUAUGGACUCCAACCGAAAUCCAUAUGUACGUCGACAAUACGAAGUACGGUUGUUACAUUAAUAACGGUGAAUAUGCGGAACCUUAUCAUAUCGUUUUGGGCGUUGGAGCUGGGGGACACCUUGAAUUCGAGGAGUCGAAAACGAAGCCAUGGCAAAAUACACUAGAUAACGCAUUCGCUGUUUUUCAUCGAAGUUUUACAGGCUGUUGCGAAAAGUCGACAGUUCAUACACAAUGUACUGACCAUAAAUUAAAUAAACAAAGAAUAUGCAGCAGGGAGUGGGGUUCGCUGGCUGUCAUGGCUGUGAAAUACGUGAGAGUGUACGCUGUGUAACGUUUAUAUACAUACUUGUAUGUACAGUCCCUGGCCAAAUUAUUAGACGCAUCACUGAUUUUUCGUAGUUACCUAUUUUAAUAACCUUUUUAGUGUAAAAUAAUGAGACAAACCUUAAUUUUUAUAGCCAAACCUUUUUGACUAAUAGUAUUCUUUACUUAUUUUCAAAAAAAGACGUAACAAUAAUAAACAAUAGUAGGUAGGUAGGGUUAUGACAGCGAGAAGUCGCAUUCAUGUUUGAACAUGAUCCGGUUGCGUGCGUGAUACUAACACUGUGGAUGUGUUUCAGUAUCGUUUUUGUAUUUGCAACGUGACUUUUGACUUCUCGGGUGUUUAUUGUGUUUAGAAAAGUUAUUAACGUGAUUUUUUUUUUUUCGUUUUCUUAUCUUUUAAGAUGGGUAAAGUGGGGGACCUUUCACCACGCAAAAAAGCCGAAGUCAAGGCUCUCAUUAAUACAAAACUGUUUUCAAACCGUGAAAUUUCACGAAGAUUGAAGCUGUCUGAAGCUAGUGUGCGACGUAUUAAGAAAAAAGUUGAAUCAUGUGAAGAUUUGAGUCCGAAAAGAGAUAACUGAUAACUGAGAUUUGCAUAAAAAUCAAUAGUGCGUCUAAUAAUUUGGCCAGGGACUGUAUAUACCUAGAUUUUUAUAAAUUUUGUGUAAAUGCAUUACCACGCAAUUGCUACAAUUAUUAACUUUUUUUGUAAAACUUAUACAAAUAAUACAAUUUAUUUGCACAAGAUGUGUUCAAUGCGCCAAGGCUUAGGAAGUAGUGAAUCCAACAAUAACUCAUAUCACAUAACAUACGAUGACUUAAUUAAAUAGGUAAACAAAAUGUUUACUGUGGGCAAAAAAUAGUAAGACUUUUUAAUUUAAAUUUUGCGCGAAAACCGAUUCGUCGACAUAUUUUUUGCUAGGUUGGUAUGACUGUUGACAUUGGCAGAAUGUUGGAAAAGACCUUCAGAGAUAAUUGUUUUUGUGUGAAAGUGUUGUUGAUUGGUACAAAUUAUUCAACGAUAGUCGAGAAUGCGUUGCCGACGAACCACGUCCAGGACUUGUUGAUGGCAAGGUUUCUACAAAAACACCCCAGCAGAAACUGCUUGGAGAAGAGUUCGUUGUGCUCCUUGACUGGCGGCAUACGGGCCUCAUUGUGGAGAUGUUCCUUCGGAAACAUCAAGAGGCAUACCGUUGCAGACCGGAAUACAGUGUCUGAACCUUCCUCAUCUACGUUUCACUCCAUCCAGGCGACCAUAUUGGUGUGGCGUAGUUGAGGACCGGCCGGCAGAUUGCCUUGUAUGUUGCCAUCAACGUCCUUUUGUCAUUUCCCCGUGUGAUGGCGGCUAGCGUCUUGAGGAUUUUGUUCCGGCACUGUACUUUGGCAAUAAUGGCGGUCGUAUAAGAAGUGAAAGAGCAAAGUCUGACUAGUGCCACGCCUAAAAUCUUAAGGUUAUUGACAGUAGGAAUUUUAACGCCGUCGACUACAAUAUAAAGAUCUGAUAUUUAUGAAUAUGUUCGCUGUGGAUUUAAUGGGGAGAAGAGUGUUAGGCUCCUUGCAGCGAAAGUGCGAGAAAGGUCGGAGAGAUAGCCGUUUACUUUUGAGCAUAUGUCAUCGAUUCUAUUGACAUAUCGAUGACAUAGCAUGUUUAUUCCAUCAGGGCCAAUAGAUUUAGAGGAUUUUUCUUUAUUGAUGACACUCCGAACAUUCGCUUUGGUAUUAAGUGGUCUUUUGGCAUUUUGCUCAGCCGUGGAGUAACACAUCGUUUGCUUUGUCUACCGAAGGGUGUAUAGUAAUUGUCGGCUAAAAUAUCUCGCGCACUUCUUCGGGUUCGAAGAGGCAUAGUCAAUGAAUUGAAUUCGGGUUAAGCAAAGCCUUCACAGUAGUCCAAAACUUACUCACGCCGGUGAAAAGGUUCCACGACUUAAGAUGCUCUAUCCAUUUUGUCCGCUUAUGUUGAUUUACCAUUUACCGAAUGUCCAAAUGGCGAAAGGUGUCGCGCUCAUUCGCUAAAACAGCUACUUCUACUGGAAAAAUGCGGCGGAGUUCCGCGAUUCCAACAGGUAUGAAGUGAGCGGUAGCAACUGCGAUCACCUUGCGGAAUUGCUAUUCGUCGACGGUUACGACUAUAGGUAUGAGUAGUGCGGUGAAGGUGCUCUCGGUAAAUUCUGAAAACUGAUCCAGUUAGCUUUGUUAAAGUUAACGAAGGUACGAUUGUCCACAGAAAAAAAGUCGGGAGGUAUCACAAUCGAAAUCAUUAUGGGCAGAUGGUCUGAUGCGAGAGUUAUCAUAGGCCAGGCUAUGCAAUUUAUCAGACCGCCACCAGCGAUGGUAAUAUCAGGUGAGCUAUUACAGGUGCCCAUAAUUUUCUUCAUCCCCCUACGAUCAUUUGACGGUUGUCGCACUGUGGUGUUGGUUGGCGAUGUCAUUGUAGGGUGUUGCGUGGUCAAACUCUUGGAGCAUGGGACAACGUACGAUAUAUUCGACUCACGUGCGGUGCGCAGGCUGGAACACGUCGGAAAUGUCGGUCUGACACACAGAACAGAUAGUACUCGCAAACCAGGAGUUGAUAAGUAGUAACGCACAAGGAUUGGAGCGGGAUGAAGGUUUGGGAGUUCCUAUAGACCAUGAACUGCGCGAACUGCUUGAACAGCCGUAGAGUCCGUAAAGAGUGUCUUAAGGUCAGAGCAUGUAUUAAGAUGAUUACACCUGUCCGAAGAGGACUUUGCAUGGAGCCUUCUACACAUACACUGCAGAAAAAUUUAUCUGGGUUCGGGUUGGACUCAAUGUCAGCACGAGUUAGGUGAAUACAGAGCAACACUGCUGCAAGCAGUUGCUCCAAUGAUGACAAACUAAAUCUAAAACUCACAAAUCCAAACGAGGUUCAAUCCCCGAAACAGCCCGAAUAAAAAAAUGUUCCCUUUUAUAUAGUUUAAGUUUAAAAAUAUACUGUUAUGAGUAAAACACGCUCUAUAAUUUUCAUUGAGAUAACUCUCAUAUUGGCCGAUGUCACCCGGAAGUUCGGAAAUAUUUAUAUAUAAGAGAUCAGGAAAGUGUUGACCCAAUUUAACCCAUUUUUGAUUUACAGAGUUACUAUUGUCAGGAAAGGAUUAUAACUUAGUUUCAAUUGUAUAUCCCAUACAUUGACCGAUAUUUUCGGUCAAAAGUCAAUUAUAGAUACUGGGGUCCACAUAUUCGUUACCUAGGGGCUUGAUCAGUUUAUGUUGUAUUUAGGCAACUUUUUGCUAUAAAAUGGCAUUUGUGAAAGAAUCAAAUGGAGUUUAAAAUGGUACUAUGUAUAGGAAGUAGGCGUGAGUAUAGUCCUAUUUUUCUCAUAGAAGUAGAAUAAAAUGCCACGUACUAAAUUUAGUCGUAAUCUAUCGUUCGGGCCCCGAGAUAUGUGAUUUCACCAAAAAGUGGGCGGUGCCAUGCACAUCAUCUCUAAUUUUCACGCUGGAUCCGAUAAAGCUCGGUCAUACCAUCUCGGAGGUAAAAUUUAAAAUCUCUGGCGUUUUUAGUACUUUUGAACAGAUUUUAAUAAACAUAUAUACUGUCCUUCUUAGUUACUAGAAUAUUUGUGUUAGGCAUGUUUGUUUAUUAUAGCUUUAGUGGUUUAGGAGAUAUUUCCAAUCAACUUAUAAGAGAGUUGCCCCACGCCCACCUUUAAAAAAAAAAUCCCACAAGUGUCCAUUGCUACUGCGAUCCCCUGUGCUAAAUUAGAGUUCCCGGAAUUCAUAAUUUGUACUCAGAUCUAAAACGAAUGCUCACUGGAGAAAAAAUUUGAGACAAUGAAGGGGUAAUCAUCGAGACUGACGCCUAUUUUGAAACAAGGGACAAAUACUUUUACUAAAGUGGUUUCGAAAAGUUAUAAAAUUGAAAUAGUGAAUUACUUUUCAUAUGAUAUAUUAGCUUGUUUUCACGAUAUCUGUUUGUCCGUAUAUCCGGUUCAAAGCAGUGAGAUAUAGUAUACUAACAGAGCCAGAAAUGCUCAAAUUCUAAUAACGUAAGAAUGAUGUAGGGAUCAUCUCUCGUCACUUGACAUUACACUAAAAAUUAUACGUAUGUUCAUGUACAUACAUGUACUUAGUACUUUCGAUAUACAUAAAAUAACUCCCUUUCACAGAUAAUAAUAAUAAUUGGUUAACUUUUGCGCUUCAAUACAAUACCAUACAUACUCAAAAUAGACAGAGAGACUUAGUUCCCUAUUAUUAUUUAUUUCCGGCACUUAACAGUGAUUAAAUUGCUAGUGGGUCUAGAAAAGAAGACGGUAUAUGUUGUGGCCUAUACUGACGAUGUGGUGCUUUCGGUUAGAGGUAAAUUCCCGAAUACGCUCGCUAACCUUAAUCAAACAAUUAUUUAUCGUUGAGCCGUAUCGGGCGGACCAAACUUAAAUGCUAGCAAAACAAAGUUUGAAAACUAACUUAGACUUAGAAAGUAGCUACAGCACUUUAAACCUGCAAAAGUAUGGUGGAGCCCAUGGUGGAGUUAUUAGACCAAUUAUGACAUACGGUAUAUUGGUAUGGUGGCCAAUAAUGGAAAAUAAAUAGGCUGUAAGGCCUACGGAAGGCACACAAAGAGCUAGUGUAUGCAUCAGUGGAGCUCUUAGAACAACGCCAAGUCAGCCACUAAAUGUUAUUUUACAUUGACUGGUAAUUCAUUUACUGGAACUCAGCGAUACUUACUAAGUUCCCGAUUCUAACCGCCACCACGAAUUUUGGAAAUCCUAUAGAAUAGAAUUUAAAUUCGGUCCGCAAUAUUGCCUUCUUUUCCAGAGAAGUCUGGGGAAGAGCGAGGUGGGUUGGGAUGCAGGGAUAAACAUCUAUACGGAUGGGUCCAAACUAAAUGAUCGAGUGGAUCCCCAGUGUCCGAAAUUAUUGAAGAAUUUGAACAAAAUAUAAAGAAUAUUGUAGAAAACAAUUUCCAAAAAGAAAUUAAAAAAUAUUAAAAUUUGUAGUUUAUACUCAUGCAGAAUUAUUUGUUUAUUUCUGGUUUUUGGCUUAAUUCUUUCUUCUCAAACAAAUUCCCAUCCUCAGCCAUCAUUAAAUCAAAUCGCUGCAUGCAGUGAAAGCAGGAAACAAAUAAACGAAAUUAAGAAAUGAACUUCAGUGUAAACAAUAAUUUUCGAAAAAUAACGGCAAUAUCGGUUCGAGUUGCAUCAUUAUAUAUUCGUAUAUAUGUAUCACGAUUCAAGGUAAUUACCAUAUAAAUCUCUUUCUGUGCAUUGCAUACUCUAUCACAAUGUUGCUUCAUUGUACGAGAUAAACGAACAAAUCGAUAGUUUUUAUCCAAUUCAAUUGAAAUUUAUCUUAUUAAAACAGCAUCGCAAAAACACAACUGGGCGUAAUUUAGAGCACGACCAUGUGCGGUAACCAUGGGUCCUGCUCUGUGAUAAAAUGUGUCGUGAACUUUGGAAUGAAUUCCUCUUAAAACUAUAUCAGAAAUAUUAGUUUCCGAACUGAUCAAAGCAUAUGCCGAAAUGUAGCUUCGGAUAUUGUCAAAAUAAUUCUUGGACUUUUUCUUUAUAU